AUGCGUGCCCAACCAUAUGCAUGCGUGCCCACAUAUGCAUGCGUGCCCACAUAUGCAUGCGUGCCCACAUAUGCAUGCGUGCCCACAUAUGCAUGCGUGCCCACAUAUGCAUGCGUGCCCACAUAUGCAUGCGUGCCCACAUAUGCAUGCGUGCCCACAUAUGCAUGCGUGCCCACAUAUGCAUGCGUGCCCACAUAUGCAUGCGUGCCCACAUAUGCAUGCGUGCCCACAUAUGCAUGCGUGCCCACAUAUGCAUGCGUGCCCACAUAUGCAUGCGUGCCCACAUAUGCAUGCGUGCCCACAUAUGCAUGCGUGCCCACAUAUGCAUGCGUGCCCACAUAUGCAUGCGUGCCCACAUAUGCAUGCGUGCCCACAUAUGCAUGCGUGCCCACAUAUGCAUGCGUGCCCACAUAUGCAUGCGUGCCCACAUAUGCAUGCGUGCCCACAUAUGCAUGCGUGCCCACAUAUGCAUGCGUGCCCACAUAUGCAUGCGUGCCCACAUAUGCAUGCGUGCCCACAUAUGCAUGCGUGCCCACAUAUGCAUGCGUGCCCACAUAUGCAACCACAGGAGUGCGAGCAUGGCCGGAAUGGAACGAAGGGGCUCUAUUUGUGGAUAAGAUACAACUGGGCACAGCACGAGCGCACACAUCCAUACUCGACUUCUACUGCCAACGCUACCCUCAUUCCGCCUCCCCUCAAGGGUGGCUGAAUCGCAUUGGCAACGGUCAGGUUACUCUCAACGGUAUACAAGUCACCGACCCCGCGACCCCGCUCAGCCCAUCGGACUGUCUCUGCUACCACCGCACGCCCUGGCAGGAGCCCCCUGCGCCGUGCCACUUCACCGUUCUCUUCCAGGACUCCCAGGUGCUGGUGCUAUCAAAGCCCAGCGGCCUGCAGGUGCUGAGAGGAGCGCCCUUCCAUCAACGCACCCUGCUUUCUCUGCUCGCCCUGCAUGCACGCAACCGACUGGUACCAGUGCCACUGCCGGCAACAGAAGUAGAGGCAGCAGAACUAGCAGAAGGGACAGCAACAGACAGGGUGCCGAGUGCCGCAGAAGGGGUAGCAGCAGCGCGGGGUGCAGAGUCGAAUGGUGCACGUGCAGCAGACAGUGCCUGUGCGAGCCAGCAGAGUGCAGAAGGGACAGCGACAGGGGUAGCAGCAGCAGCAGCAGCAGCAAAGAGUGCAGUAUCCAACGGUGCACAUGCGGCAGACUGUGCAAGGCAGCUGAAUGUUACUUUGCAAGCGGGCAGCCAGGAACGCGGACAGCAACAACAACAACAACAACAGCAACAGCAACAGCAACAGCAACAGCAGAAAGAGUGCGGGAUAGACUGGGCACGAGACACAAUGGAGCCGGUGCAGGGAAUGGCCUCUCCUGCUCACAGGAUAGGGCGUGGCACAUCAGGUCUUCUAAUCUGCGGCAUCAGUGCUACAGGCAAGACUAAACUGGCGGCUGACUUGGCUUCUGCCACCACCAGUGGUGAUGCUGCUGAUCCCUCCUCCCACCACAAGGGUCCCCGGAGGAGAAAAGGCAGAAACAGCAGCAGGACCAGUGGGACCAGCGACAGCAACGAAAACGGCAGCAGCGGCAACGAGAACAGCAGCAGCUGCAGCGGCAGCGGCAGCGUUAGCAGCAGCAGUAAGGGCCGAGGCAGUGGCAAUGGAAGUGCAGACAAUGGCAGUGACAACAGUGACUGCUGCCCCCGCAUUGUUGAAAACAGUGACAGCUGCCCCCGCAUUGUCAAGUACUACAGGGCUCUCGUGCAGGGGGUGGUGGUGCCCGAUGAGCAAACAGUGCAGGUGCCCAUUGGUCGAGUGCGGUACGGCGCGGUGGUAGGAGGACUCUACAUGGCGUCCCCAACAGGCAAGCCAGCAGUGAGUGUGCUGCGUGUGCUGCAUCGGCACAUGCACACCAACCAGACCUUGCUCGAGGUGCGCAUAUUCUCUGGUCGCGCACAUCAAAUCCGCAUUCACUGUGCCGCCGCCGGUCAUCCCCUCGUUGGUGACCCUCUCUACGUCUCUGGAGGCAUUCCAGCCCCUGUGACGGGCUCGCUUCCUCUGCAGCACAGUGGCAGUGGCAGUAGCAGUAGUGGCGGCGGUGCUGGCAAUAGUGACGCUGGCAGUGGCAGUAGCAGUGCUGCCAGUGCUGAUGGUGCUGGCAGUGCUGAUGGUGCUGGCAGCGCUGAUGGUGCUGGCAGUGCGAGCCCCAUCAGGCCGGGAGAUACAGGCUAUUGGCUGCACUCCUUCCGAUGCCUCUUCCACCAUCCCACAUCUAACCAGGUAAUUCGAGUGGUAGCGCCUCCCCCCCCUGCCCUGUGCAUGCCACACGAGACAGUUGCCUCCUUUCUGUCUGCAUUCCAAGUCAUGCCGCCCGAUGCCAUGAUGGAUUUAUGGCACUGUUAG